CAUUUUCUAUCUGUACCCAAAACCCAGAACACAAGAGGAACCACCCCCCCCCCCUCUCUUAUCAGCUAGCUUUAGCCUUUUUCUGCUGUUCAUUUUCUCCCAAACCUUUAAGUACAGCUCUCUUUAUCUUCGUGGGAUAGGAGCUAGCUAGACACUUGAGAUUAUAACCUAAGAGAUUAAAACGAAAGAAAUCACCUUGUAGAGAGGGAAAGAAAAGGACGGGCUUGAUUCAGUUAAUUUAUUUCUGCUGAAAUUUUGUUGGCUGAUGCAUAAAAGACCAUCCUUUUCCAUCUUGUGGUGAAGGUUAGUGUUGGAUUUGAUCCAUUUACAGAACAUCCAAAGAAAAAGAAGCCAAAGAAGGAAGGAAAGGGGCAAAUCAAGAAUCACCUAAGAAUCUCUCUGCUGCUAUCUUUCUAUUUUUUUGGGCUAGUUCUUGUAUGUUCAGCCAAUUUAAUUAGGUUGAUUUCAAGCUACCAAAAAGAAAUGGAUCCAGUUGCGGCUCAUGGGCGUCCUCUUCCUCCACCUUUCCACACAAGAGAUUUUCAUCUACAUCAAUUUCAACACCAGCAACAACAGAAUUCUGAAGAUGAACAAAGCGGGAGCGGUAACUUAAACCGUGGUCAAAAGCGAGAGCACGCUGAAAUCGCCACUAAUAACAACAACACAGCUGAAGGCAAAGAAUUAGUUCCUUCAAGUGCUGGUGGAGAAGGAGAAAUUACAAGAAGACCAAGAGGUAGGCCUGCUGGGUCUAAAAACAAGCCUAAACCACCAAUCAUAAUCACAAGAGAUAGCGCAAAUGCCCUUCGAUCCCAUGUCAUGGAAAUCGCUUCCGGUUGCGAUAUCAUGGAGAGUGUAUCAACUUUUGCAGGGAGGAGGCAAAGAGGAGUUUGCAUUUUGAGUGGAACCGGAACAGUAACAAAUGUAACUCUUAAGCAACCAGCUUCGCCUGGUGCGGUGGUUACUUUACAUGGAAGAUUCGAGAUUUUAUCGCUUUCAGGUUCGUUCUUGCCACCUCCAGCUCCACCAGCUGCUUCAGGAUUGACGAUUUAUUUAGCUGGUGGCCAAGGCCAAGUUGUUGGAGGGAGUGUGGUGGGCCCACUUCUAGCAUCUGGACCGGUGGUGAUCAUGGCUGCUUCUUUUGGUAAUGCAGCUUAUGAGAGGCUGCCUUUGGAAGAGGAUGAGUCGCAAACACCGGUGCCUGGAACCGGACCUUUGGGGUCACCAGGAGUUAAUAGCAUUGGGCAACAGAAUCAGCAACAACACCAGCUAAUGCAAGAUCCAAACACAUCUCUCUUUCAAGGAUUGCCUCAGAAUCUACUAAAUUCAGUGCAACUCCCAUCUGAGGCCUAUUGGGGCACAGGCGGCCGCCCUCCUUAUUAGUAAUAAAACAAGAAAACUUGUGGUUUUUCUUUUCUUUCUUUUACUCUUUGUUUCUUUAAUUAACUUCUUAACCAUCCAUCUUCAUUCUCCUCUUCUUGCUUUAAGAAUUAGGUAUCUUUCUAAGAUGUUGUCCAUCAGGGUUUUCAGCUACCUAUGAUUGAAGAAGGAUGUACAAAUUUAUGGGAUUUUUUUUGUGGAUUUGGUGUUUAUCAGAUCAGUAGCUCCUUUGAUUUAGCUUGACGAUGAAGCAGCAUCGUCAAGUUAUGGCAUUGCAAUUAUCUCUAUUUCUUUCCUUUUUCUUCA